GAUGUUAUAAUUAUUAAAACUAAAAUGUUAUACUUAUGGAUUCACUUUUAGAAACAUUUGUUAAAAUUCUUUAUAUUAUAGGUGUGUGCGUAGAUAUUAGAGCAUCUUGAUGAUAGCUUCAUAGAGAAAUUAUAUAAUUAAUGCCAAAAUGAUAUCGUGGAGGAAAUCUUAUACAAUACCUGAAAUUCAUUAGCAGAAACAGAUGAAUGAUUGCAUUUAGCAAUAAUAGAUUCUUGACGUUAUAGAAUUAUUUUGAGAAUAUAAA